UAUACCAUUGGGUUGCUCUUACACGUUCUACAACACAUUUCCCCAAUUUCUCUCUCUUCCUCCCAGAGCCUAGCGGGAGCGAAAACGGAGCAACACUACUUGGCACCCUGCGUUCCAUAAUCGCAUGCAUUCAGCUCUAUCUCUCUCGUGCAAAUUCGAACCCACAAAAACAAAAAGUACUCCAAAUUUCGCCUUCGAUGAUGAUCAUAUGAUGAGCUACUACGUGUUUAUAUCUGUGUGCAUGCCUUGAUGUGUAUGUGAUCAGGUGAGAACUGCGGCACCGUUAAUGCCUUGAAGGUGCAUUUUGGCUUCUGUUGUGCGAAGCUGAUCGACAACUGCGUGAUUUUGGAUCUAUGGAGGAAAUCGAGGAGCUGAAGCAGCUUGCCGAUUUGAUGCGCCAAGCUGGGGCUCUGCUCGCAAACGAAGACGUUGAUGCCGUCAUGUCCGCGUCUUCAAGGCGACCUUCUACGUUCCUUAACGUAGUUGCUCUCGGCUGCAUGGGUGCUGGUAAAUCAGCGGUACUGAACAGCUUAAUUGGACAUCCAGUUUUGCCAACUGGAGAAGGUGGUGCUACUCGUGCUUCAGUAUGCGUGGAGUUGAAAAGGGAGAGUUCCUUAAGCAGUAAAGUAAUUGUUUUGCAGAUUGAUAGCAAAUCCCAAGAAGUUUCUGCAAGUUCUCUUCGCCGCUCUUUGCAGGAGAGAUUCGGAAAAGUGUCGAGCAAGAGCCGCGAUGAGAUAUAUUUGAAGCUUAAAAGUAGUACAUCUCCACAAUUAAAAUUAAUUGAUUUACCAGGAGUGGAAAAAGGACGCCUUGAUAGUUCAUCAAGUCAGUAUGUUGAGCAUAGUGAUGCAAUAUUGCUCGUGGUAGUACCUGCAUCUCUUGCAUCAGAAGUUUCCACAUAUAAAGCACUUAGAAUUGCGAAGGAGAAUGACGGAGAAUCUACGAGAACUAUUGGUGUUAUCAGUAAGAUAGAUCAAGCUGCUUCAGAUCCAAAGAUUCUUUCAGAAGUUCAGGCUCUUUUGCUUAAUCAAGGACCACCCAGCACAUCUGAUAUUCCAUGGGUUGCUUUGAUUGGUCAGUCUGUCUCAAUAGCUUCAGCCCAAUCAGGAAAUGUUGGGGAUGAUUCUUUAGAAACAGCUUGGCGAGCUGAGAGUGAAAGCCUUAAAUCUAUUUUGCCUGGGGCACCUCAAAGCAAGCUUGGUAGAUUAGCCUUAGUAGAAAAUCUUGCUCAACAGAUCCGUAAUCGCAUGAAACUGCGGCUACCAAAUCUACUUUCAGGGCUUCAGGAUAUGUCUCAAUCAGUAAAAGAUGAAUUGGUAAAGCUUGGUGGACUAGUGCACAGUGCUGAAGGUACAAGAGCUUUAGCUCUGGAGCUUUGUCGUGAAUUUGAAGAUACCUUUCUCCAACAUCUUACAAGUGGUGAGGGUAGCGGAUGGAAAGUUGUUACAAGUUUUGAAGGAAACUUUCCCAACAGGCUGAAGAAUCUCCCUUUGGAUAGACAUUUUGACAUUAAAAAUGUGAAGCGUAUUGUAUUAGAGGCCGAUGGUUAUCAACCUUACCUUAUAUCUCCAGAGAAAGGGUUAAGGUCUUUAAUAAAAAGUGUACUAGAGAUGGCAAAAGAACCUUCAGAGCUCUGUGUCGCUGAGGUGCACCGCGUGCUUUCUGAUCUUGUCUUAGCAGCUGCAAAUGGUACACCAGGUCUGGGCAGAUAUCCUCCUUUCAAGAGAGAAGUAGUUGCAAUCGCAACUGCUGCCUUGGAAAUUUUCAAGAAUGAAGCAAAGCAUAUGGUUGUUGCGCUUGUUGACAUGGAGAGGGCAUUUGUCCCUCCUCAACACUUCAUUCGGAUGGUGCAAAGACGAAUGGAUAGGUACAGACGAGAUGAAGAUCACAGAAGCCGAUCUUCUAAAAGAGCAUCUGAGGCAGAGACAUCUAUAUUGAAUAGGGCAACUAGUCCUCAACCUGGGGGGAGCUUGAAAUUGAUGAAAGAUAAGCCUAGUCAGCUAGAUAAGGAUAUGCCUGAAGGUGUGGUGUUGAAAACUGCAGGGCCAGAAUCUGAAAUUAUUGCAGGAUUCCUACUUAAGAAAAGUGCUAAAGCUAAUAGCUGGAAUAAGAGAUGGUUUGUGUUGAAUGAAAAAAGCGGAAAGUUAGGAUAUACAAAAAAGCAGGAUGACAGACACUUCCGUGGCAUAAUCAAUUUGGAGGAAUGUAAUCUUGAAGACAUGUCCGACGAAGAGGAAUCCUCCACCUCUAAAAGUUCCAAGGACAAAAAGGAUUAUUCAAAUCUAACUUUCAAAAUUACUAGCCGGAUUCAAUACAAGACCGUUCUUAAAGCACAUAGCUUUGUGAUUUUAAAGGCAGAUACUAUGGCAGAAAAGUCUGAAUGGAUUCAUAAGUUGAAAAAUGUUAUAAGGUCUAAAGGAGGUCAAGUGAGGGCAGAAACUGGUGUUCCCAUGCGACAAAGUUUUUCAGAGGGUUCAAUUGAUACAAUGGCUAGAAAACCUCUAGAUCCAGAAGAAGAGCUUCGUUGGAUGUCUCAGGAAGUACGUGGAUAUGUUGAAGCUGUUCUUAACAGCCUUGCAGCCAAUGUUCCUAAAGCUGUUGUUCUUUGUCAAGUUGAAAAGGCAAGAGAAGACAUGCUUAACAAGUUGUACAUUUCUAUCAGUGGACAAAGUCUGUCAAGGAUUGAAGAACUGCUGAUGGAAGACCAAAAUGUAAAGCACAAGCGGGAAGGGUGCCAGAAAAAAUCCUCUCUUCUUUCUGAGAUUACUCGAAAACUAACUACACUGGACAACCGGACAAGUGCUUCAACCUUCUCCGAGUAUGAUGGAGCUGAACGACCCAGUGAUUCAUCGCCUGAUGAUUGGACCUAUUAUGGUGAUUCUGGUGAUUCAACCUCCAGAGGACGGCCGGCACCUUCUCGACUGCCACCUGCGCCACCAGACACUACAUCCACCUUUAAGUACUAGAAGAAGACUAGAGAUCAGAGUAUACAUUUAUAACAAGUAACAACAGGUGCAGAAUAUGACCGUAGUUUUAUUUUUUAUGUUCAUUCCUGCUAUUGUUCUUAAACAUUCUACAUUUGUGUUCUUAUUGGUCUUCGCAGCAAUUCAUAGAUCUCAACAUGUCCAAUAAUUAAAAAUCUGAACGUGUUUAGCUUUAAAAAUAGAUAUAACUUGAAAGAACUCCUUAGUAUAGUGGUCAACUUUACUACGAUACAUUUUGUAAAUUCUAUUGAAUUGUUGAAUUGUUGAAUUGAAUGGGUGA